AUGGUGGAACUCGUGUUGGAGCUCAGUGAAGAUGGUUUCUCUGACUAUCACAUGAAUCACAUAAUGGAACACGAACGCACAAACAUCGACAUCUUUCCCAAGCAGCGGACCUCUCUGUCCUCGUCCCUGGACGUCCAGAGGCCGGUGAACCACAGCUGUGAGCCCAGCGAGGUGAGCUCGUCCCUGGGCUACGCCAGCUUCAGCACCAGCCCCCCCGCCAGCCCCCCCCUCAGCCCCAACCAGGAAGACUCUGCCGGCUCCAACGACGACUGUCAGCUCACAGACGACGGGCCGUACCAACGAGACCCUCCUCCUCCUCCUCUCUGCUCUUCCUCCACCACAUUGAACCCUCUGUUGGAGGAUCGAAGGAAGAGCCACAUCCCGGAGGAGUUUGCAGGCCUCCUUCAUGGCUCUUCUCCAGCCUGCGAGACCCCCGACACGCCUUUCCACCUCUACAGUCCCAAAUCUCGCAAGUAUGCCUCCACAGACGUCCAGAGCGGUUUGCUGCAAACCCCGGAGUUCAGCAUCGUGAUCGGAGGGGGACCCACUCAGGUCUCCUCCAGGACAGGGGGCGAGUCGUUGCCUGUGAGGACCGCCAACGACCCGCAAAAGCCUCAGGUGGUGUACCGGACUAUCUUCCACACCAGGGUCAACCAGCAUCAGGCUCGACCCAAGAACUGCGAUCAGCGGGAUCAGCCUCGUGGGUGGUCUACGUUGGACCGCCCACCCUCCCACUACUCCGGUCAAAACCAGAAAGCUCCGGAGUCACAGGGGAUCCAGACGUCGGGCGAAUCCAAGGACGCUUCAUCUGGGGCAGGCUUCGAGGAGAGGGCCUGCACCCUGGGGAGGAUGAGGUCCAUGCCCCGGAGCGUGUUGGACCUGCAAUUGUCAAAGUGUCUUUCCAAGUCUGAUUCCAACCUGGUAGCUGUGUCUCCCGUACAGGAGGAGCACAGUUGGGGGUCUGGAUCUCGGGGCCAGGGCCCUGGAAGUCCGAACCCAGGGGAGGGUGCCAGCCCUGGGGGGAGACUGGAGAGGACGCCGUCCUUCACUGCUGAGUGGGAGGAGAUCGACAAGAUCAUGAGCUCCAUCGGGGCCGGGAUAGGAAGUGGAUUGGACAUCAAGGAGGACGUCUCAGGUCCCCGCUGCCCGCUGCAGUCUGUGGGUCAGUGGCUCGACUCCAUCGGCCUGGUCCAGUACGAGAACCACCUGCUGGCCAACGGAUUCGACAAUGUCCAGUUUAUGGGCAGUAACGUGGUGGAGGACCAGGACCUGCUGGAGAUCGGGAUCCUCAACUCAGCCCACAGACAACGUCUCCUUCAGGCCAUCCGGCUGCUGCCCCGGGUGCGGCCGGUGGGAUACGAUGGCAACAACCCGACGUCGGUGGCGGAGUGGCUGGAGUCGCUGGAGCUCGGCGACUACACCAAGUCCUUUCUCAUCAACGGAUACACGUCCAUGGAGCUCGUCAAGAAGAUCUGGGAGAUCGAGCUCAUCAAUGUGAGUCCAGAACUUCUUUUUAAAUCUCUGAACAGGAGGUGAUGGGUGAUAUUCUACAGUUUAGGAGCUGUAACUUUAAACAGCUGUUUAUCUGUGGAGUGACAUGUUCCUUCAUAACAAUGAGUAAAAGCACUGUGGUUUGUUUUUUGAAUUUAUCCCACGUACAGUGUCCUGCUG